GAGGGCGGCGGGGACAAGGGGCGGCUGGUCGGAGUGGCGGAGCGUCAAGUCUCCUGUCGGUUCCUCCGUCCCUGAGUGUCCUUGGCGCUGCCUUGUGCCCGCCCAGCGCCUUUGCAUCCGCUCUUGGGCACCGAGGCGCCCUGUAGGAUACUGCUUGUUACUUAUUAGAGUUAGAGGCAUCAUGGACCGAUCUAAAGAAAACUGCAUUUCAGGGCCUGUUAAGGCUACAGCUCCAGUUGGAGGUCCAAAACGUGUUCUCAUGACUCAGCAAUUUCCUUGUCAGAAUCCAUUACCUGUAAAUAGUGGCCAGGCUCAGCGGGUCUUGUGUCCUUCAAAUUCUUCCCAGCGUGUUCCUUUGCAAGCACAAAAGCUUGUCUCCAGUCACAAGCCGGCUCAGAAUCAGAAGCAGAAGCAAUUGCAGGCAACCAGUGUACCUCAUCCUGUCUCCAGGCCACUGAAUAACACCCAAAAGAGCAAGCAGCCCCUGCCGUCGGCACCUGAAAAUAAUCCUGAGGAGGAACUGGCAUCAAAACAGAAAAAUGAAGAAUCAAAAAAGAGGCAGUGGGCUUUGGAAGACUUUGAAAUUGGUCGCCCUCUGGGUAAAGGAAAGUUUGGUAAUGUUUAUUUGGCAAGAGAAAAGCAAAGCAAGUUUAUUCUGGCUCUUAAAGUGUUAUUUAAAGCUCAGCUGGAGAAAGCCGGAGUGGAGCAUCAGCUCAGAAGAGAAGUAGAAAUACAGUCCCACCUUCGGCAUCCUAAUAUUCUUAGACUGUAUGGUUAUUUCCAUGAUGCUACCAGAGUCUACCUAAUUCUGGAAUAUGCACCACUUGGAACAGUCUAUAGAGAACUUCAGAAACUUUCAAAGUUUGAUGAGCAGAGAACUGCUACUUAUAUAACAGAAUUGGCAAAUGCCCUGUCUUACUGUCAUUCGAAGAGAGUUAUUCAUAGAGACAUUAAGCCAGAGAACUUACUUCUUGGAUCAGCUGGAGAGCUUAAAAUUGCAGAUUUUGGGUGGUCAGUACAUGCUCCAUCUUCCAGGAGGACCACUCUCUGUGGCACCCUGGACUACCUGCCCCCCGAAAUGAUUGAAGGUCGGAUGCAUGAUGAGAAGGUGGAUCUCUGGAGCCUUGGAGUUCUUUGCUAUGAAUUUUUAGUUGGGAAGCCUCCUUUUGAGGCAAACACAUACCAAGAGACCUACAAAAGAAUAUCACGGGUUGAAUUCACAUUCCCUGACUUUGUCACAGAGGGAGCCAGGGACCUCAUUUCAAGACUGUUGAAGCAUAAUCCCAGCCAGAGGCCAAUGCUCAGAGAAGUACUUGAACACCCCUGGAUCACAGCAAAUUCAUCAAAACCAUCAAAUUGCCAAAACAAAGAAUCAGCUAGCAAACAGUCUUAGGAAUCGUGCAGGGGGAGAAAUCCUUGAGCCAGGGCUGCCGUAUAACCUGUCAGGAACAUGCUACUGAAGUUUAUUUUACCAUUGACUGCUGCCCUGAAUCUAGAACGCUACACAAGAAAUAUUUGUUUACUCAGCAGGUGUGCCUUAACCUCCCUAUUCAGAAAGCUCCACAUCAAUAAACAUGACACUCUGAAGUGAAAGUAGCCACGAGAAUUGUGCUACUUAUACCGGUUCAUCAUCUGGAGGCAAGGUUCGACUGCAGCCGCCCCGUCAGCCUGUGCCAGGCAUGGUGUCUUCACAGGAGGCAAAUCCAGAGCCUGGCUGUGGGGAAAGUGACCACUCUGCCCUGACCCCGAUCAGUUAAGGAGCUGUGCAAUAACCUUCCUAGUACCUGAGUGAGUGUGUAACUUAUUGGGUUGGCCAAGCCUGGUAAAGCUGUUGGAAUGAGUAUGUGAUUCUUUUUAAGUAUGAAAAUAAAGAUAAUAUGUACAGACUUGUAUUUUUUCUCUGGUGGCAUUCCCUUAGGAAUGCUGUGCGUCUGUCCGGCACCCCGGUAGGCCUGAUUGGGUUUCUAGUCCUCCUUAACCACUUAUCUCCCAUAUGAGAGUGUGUAAAAUAGGAACACGUGCUCUACCUCCAUUUAGGGAUUUGCUUGGGAUACAGAAGAGGCCAUGUGUCUCAGAGCUGUUAAGGGCUUAUUUUUUUUAAAACAUUGGAGUCAUAGCAUGUGUGUAAACUUUAAAUAUGCAAAUAAAUAAGUAUCUAUGUC